GACUGCCUAUUAUGGGGGAGUCGUGUAGUUAUUCCUAACCUGGCGAGGGAGGAGGUACUAGCCAUGCUGCAUGAUGCACACCCAAGCAUUGUGCAUAUGAAGGGCCUGGGGAGGAGUUAUGCCUGGUGGCCAGGUAUGGAUUUAGCAAUAGAACAGACAGUAAAAUCCUGUGAAACCUGUCAGAGAACUCAUCAUGCACCACCAACAGCACAGCUGCACCCUUGGGUGUGGACAACUAAGAAAUGGUCCCGGCUACACAUUGACUUUGCUGGUCCAUUCCAGGGGAAGACAUUUCUCAUAAUUGUGGACUCACACUCUAAGUGGUUAGAGGUUGCCAUGGUGAGUUCAAUGUCCUGCUCUGCAGCGAUCAGCACACUGAGGCUCCUCUUUGCAACUCACGGGUUACCAAAUGUCAUUGUUUCUGACAACGGUGCAGCCUUCACAUCGGAUGAAUUCAAAGAGUUUGCCAGACGGAAUGGCAUCAGAGCAGUGACUACGGCCCCUUACCAUCCUCGUUCAAAUGGCCAAGCAGAACGUAUGGUCCAGACAACCAAGGAGGCCCUAUCUAGGAUCACUAUCGGUGACUGGCAGACAUGCCUGGCGAGGUUUCUGCUGUCACAGCAUGUGACUCCCAAUUCAGCAACAGGAAAGAGCCCUGCCGAGCUUCUCAUGAACUGGCGUCUUACCACGGCCUUUGAUCACCUUCAU